AUACUUUUUAUAUUUAAAGUUAUUUCUAUUUCCUUCACAGACCAACAUUCUAUGUUCGAAUUGUUUUGAUACACGAUAGUUGUUUUUUAAUGGUAGCACUGGUAGGUAAAUUAAAAAACUUACCUACCAGUGCUCAUUUAUUUUUGGGUGUGCAAUGUAAUGAAAAAUUAAAUAUAAAACACUGUCAAGAAUUGAACCAAAUUAAAAACUAAUCCAAAGCGGUGAAAUGCAAAAAAAAUGCUUAUCACUACUCUUUGAGUAUGUUGGACGCAUGUUUAUACCAAGUUGCCCAACUAUAAGUCAAACACCUCCAAGUUAGUUCUCCUUCCCAUGUACUCACAUUUUUAUACACCAUAUCCUGGGGAAUAAACUACCAUAUACCUACCUCUAGGGCUGUCCAAAAUCGAAUCAUAUUUUGAUUCGAAUCUAACAUUUUCGCCGAAUCGAAUAUUAUUGCGCAAUCCUAAGUCUGUCUCUAAUAUACAAUAAACGCCUGCCCCUCGAUGUUGUGGUAACGUAUGUGCAGUUACAUCUGACUUACUGCUGGAAUUUUGCAAUACUAUGUUUCAGAUUUAUGAAAGGAGAUUACAUGCUUGUAUGAACUGGUCAAAAAAAUUGGUGGACUCCAAAAUUAGGGUUUCGUGUUGAGAGUAGAAAUUGCAAACUCAAUUAUAAUGGAUUGAGUUUUAAUAAAGCCUGUAGAUGCUAUUUUAUUUCUAUUAUUAUCACUAGUCUUAUGUUUUUUGUGCAAUUUCCAGCAAAAUGAUAACAACCAUUAAUAUAGAUAAAACUGUUGCCCAAAUUUAGAAUUGCAUUUAACAUUUUCGAAGCUAGUUUGAUGACAAUAUUAUUUGAUGAAUAUAAUAUUGUUAGUGUACAACAGCCAUCAAAAUGCAAGAGUGCGAUUAUUUGUCUUGGUAUAUAAAUGAAUAAUACAAUAUUGCCAACAUAGGAAAUUACAAAUUCAAUUGAAAGAAGGUAUUGCCAUCAUAAGGAUCCCACAAUACCUGUUUCAGCUACGAGUUGCCUGUACCAUGUUCCUAUGAUAACUAACUCAAUAGCUUCACAUCGAUUCUAUUUCUAUGACUAUUGUUUGCGAAGGAUACUAAAUUGCCUUUUUCUCCUUGUUCUCUCUCAAAAGCGUCAUUACGGAUUAUAACUUUACAUUAUGAUGACCAUGCAUGAAAUGGCUAUACACAUGCCACCGGGAGGGCAUUGGGAAUGACAUGUUUACCACAAAAUGAAGGCGAGAGAAAUAUCGGGAAACCAAUGAGCGAGAGUUGUCUAAGCUCGAAGCGCCGCCGCUUUCCCGAUGAAAAACGUCCUGCAAAGGUGGUUUCAAACCUUUUCCGCUUUGAGUACCUAAUUUUAGCGAUUCGAAAAUUAGCCGAAAAACCAUUUGAAUAAUUUGCGAUUCACUUUUGGAAUAUUCGGUUCGCUUGGACAGCCCUACCUACCUCUGUACACAUUGUCUAUGUGCUGUGUUUUUUACAUAUUUAUGCUUCUAACUUUCUAUCAAUCAUGAUCUUGAACUGCAAGUAUACUUAUUAGGUACUAGGAAGUAUUAAGCAUGCUUAAGAAAAUAUUGCCUCAAAUAUUCAUAUAGUAUUGGCGUAGAAUGCUGUGGCAUCAAAGGAAAUUUACACAACAGUCAAAUCUAUGUGCUUCCAACUCUAGGUUGGUUCGAGGAUUUUGACUUUCUCACCAACUCUGAGAAAACCAAGUUUUGAUAACAAAUACUAUGCACUUUUUCUAAUUCAAUGGUUCCCAACCGGUGUCCUGUUGCCCACCAAGGACCAAGGAAAGACACAGAGCACUUGAGGGGGGAGGGGGAGCACAAUGUUAGGCGCAAAGCUGAUUCUACUAUUUCCUUUACAAAAAGACUCCCAGUUCUUCUCAGUUUCAUUGCUUGACAAGGUUAUUUCACAGGGUGUUUACACUUUGUUGAGCAUGAAUUGUUUGAACUUGAUGGGAUUUAAAAUCAACCGAUCAAAUAACACUUUAAUUACCACAGGAAUGAUAAACAAGCGGGCCAUGCGUGUUAAGUAUUGGGAACCACUAUUCUAAUUGUUGCUUGCUUACUGUUAACAGAAGAUAUGAAAGUAGUUAAUUUAUGAUGGAGAAAUGUAUAAAUGGAAAGAUUCUCAAGGAGGAGGUUGAUUCAUGGCAGAGUGAUGAUGAUGAAGAAUACUUACCUGAUAGCGACAGUGAUGAUGAAGAGGAAUCUGUCUAGUCUGUAAAAGGAGUCAGAAUCAAAACAGAGCCAGUAUCUGAAGAAAAAUAUGAAGAUUUACUUGAAGACGAGACAACUAGCUCCUCCUCUACAGCAAUUCAAAAGAGGCAUUCCCUACAUCAGCUAGAAGUUGUGAUACAGUCUCACAGGCCUAGAAAGGCGAGACCAAAUCCUCAAGAAGAGAAUGGAUACAUCUGGACAAAAUCUUUCUCUGGAAGAGAUAUUCGGCCAUUUGGGGGUCAGCAAAAGGUGUGUAGUAAAGAAUUAGGUCAAAGAUCGACUCUCCUCGACUGUUUCUCGCAAUUUUGGUUCUAUCGGAUUAAGUACGAAAAUAUGGUAACAUAGCAAAACGAUCCAAGGUCUGGUACAGAAAAGUCUUUGCAUAUUUGAUCGAGGUGGCUAUUAAUAAUGCUAGGGUAGUCCAUGAAAAGGUGACUGGAGAUGGAGAGCAAACUGAAGGUUUAGAGUUUAGGCAAAACCUUGUGACCGCUCUGAUUGGGAACCAUGGAGCUCCUCGAAACAUCCCAUCCACAUUUUCUAUAUCUCUUGCCAGGCUCCAAGAUGCUGGCAUUCAUCACCCUGUGUGUACAAAAAUACGACGGGUAUGUUUAGUGUGUUCCAAAAAAAAAUCAGUUGGCUCCUCUGAAUAAAAAAUUAGAUGCCGUUUCGCGAACAACUGUGCGGUUUAGCAAAUGUGAUGUUCACUUAUGUGUGCUCAUCGGCAGAGCUUGUUUUCGGGAUUGGCACACCAAGGUUGAAUAUUGGAAGUGAAACUUUUUAUAUUCAAGUUUAUUUGAACGCUCUCGUUAUUUCCCAUCAAACACCAACAUUCUAUGUUCAGGAUGUUUUAGUACAUUAUAGUUGUUUUUUUAAUUUCCUAACAGUGAUAAUUUAUUUUCAGAUAUGUGAUAUAAUAAAAAACUACAUAUCAAAAACACUGUCAAAAAUUGUCAACUUGAACCAAAUUAAAAAUUGAUCAAAACCUGUGAACAAUUACACAUAGAUAAAACUAGGUACUCCUGAAGUAUGCGCACCAAGAUGUCGCAUAUCCUGAACCCUAACCUGGUACACAACCUGAGUUCAGGUUGUGCGCCAUCUUGGUGCACCUACUUCUGGAGGUCCGAUAACUAUUUAGUGAACAUGUUUAUAACAAGUUGUCCAGGCAUAAGUCAAACACCUGCAAGUUAAUUCUCCUUCCCACGUAUUCAAAUUUUUAUACACCAUAUCCUGGGGAAUAAACUACCAUGUACACAUUGCCGAUAUGCUGUGUUUUUAUGUAUUUAUGCUUCUAUUUUUAUUUCAAUCAUGGUCUUUAACUGCAAGUAUACUUGUUAGGUACUAGAAAGUAUUAAUCAUGCCUAAAGUAUUGCCUCAGAUAUUCACACAGUAUUGGCGUAGAAUGCUGUGGCAUCGAUGGAAUUUACAUAAAAUUCAAAUCUCUGUGCCUACAUCUCUAGGUUGGGGAGAGGGGAUUUUGACUCUCAGACUAACUCUGAGAAAACCAAAUUUUGAUUACAAAAACUUUUACAUAUAUGCAAUUAUUUUAUUUCAGUGGUUUCCAACGGGUGACCCGUGACCCACCAAUGGAGUCACAGAGCAGUUGAGGGGUGGUGGGUCACAAUGUUAGGGGCAAAACUGAUUUUACUAUUCCCUUUACAAAUAAAUUCCCAGUUAUUCUUAGUUUCAUUGCUUGAUUAAGGUUAAUUCACAGGGUGUUUUGUUUGAACAUACUGGGAUUUAGAAUCUAGCAAUCAAAAUAACACUUUAAUUACCGCAGGAAUGAUAAACAAAGGGGCCAUGAGUGCCUAAAGCCUACAGGAGUGGGUCACGAGCCAUAAAAGGUUUGGAACCACUGUUCUAAUUGUUAUAGCUUGCUUACUGAUUACAGAAAAUAUAGAAGUAGGUAAAUUAUGAUGGAGGAAUGUAUGAAUGGGAAGAUUCUCAAAGAGGAGAAUGAUUCAUGGCAGAGUGAUGAUGAUGAAGAAUACUUUCCCGAUAGUGACAGUGAUGAUGAAGAGGAAUCUGUCUCAUCUGUAAAAGGAGUCAGGAUCAAAACAGAGCCAGUAUCUGAAGAAGAAUAUGAAGAUUCACUUGAAAAGGAGACUUCCCCUGCAGCAAUUCAAAAGAGGCAUUCUGAACAUGAGCUAGAAGGUGUGAUACAGUCUCACAGGCCAAAGAAGGUGCGACCAAAUCCUCAAGAAGAGAAAGAAUACAUCUGGACAAAAUCUUUCUCUGGAAGGGAUAUUCAGCCAUUUGUGGGUCAGCAAAGGGUGUGUAGUAAAGAAUUGGGUCAAAGAUCGACUCCCCUAGACUGUUUCUCGUUUUUUUUCGAUUCUGAAGUAAUUCGAUUCAUUAUUGAUAUGACAAAUCUUAAUGCUGUGAGAAAAAUACAGGGUGAAGAAACAGCGUCGUUUUUAAAAACACAAUCAUCAAAAGAUCCAGAUUUUUCCAUCAAAGUAGAAACUGUUUCAAACGAUGCAAGUGAAAAAAGUUGGAAGUUUGUUGACGUUGAUGAAAUGAAGGCUUUCUUGGGACUUAUUAUACUCAUGGGAAUAAUACGCCUCCCGCAUGUAGCGAUGUACUGGCAAAAAAAGAACUGGAUUCUUGAUGUACCAAGUUUUAAUAUGAUUAUGCCAAGGGAUAGAUUCCAAACUAUCCAGGAACAUUUGCAUUUUUGUGAUGAAUCGCUGGUGCCUGCAGAAGAAGAUAAUGAAAAAGAUAGGUUUUUUAAAAUUCAUGAACUUUUGUCACUUCUUUUGCCGCGUUUUCAAACCUGCUACACUCCGGGUAGAGACCUUCACAUAUAUGAAAACUUAAUUCCAAUCAAGGGCAAAAGUGGAUUUAAAAAAUACAUGGAUCAUAAAAAAUACGGGAUCAAGCUCUGGCUUUUAACUGAAUCAUCAACAGGAUAUGUAUCUAGACUACAAUUUUACUCUGGAAAAAAUCAAGCUAUGAACCCAGAAAGUGGAUUGUCCCUCCGUGUUAUCAAAUAUUUAGUGAGUCCAUUCGAAUGGCUCCACCAUCAUCUAUAUGUGGACAAUUUUUUUGCCAGUCCUAAGGUGUUUGAAUACCUACUAUCAAAAGGAACAUAUGCCUGUGGCACAUUUAACAGCGACAGUGUAGGAUUUCCAAAGGAUCUCAUAAUGGAACAGACUUGCAAAAUGGGUGAAAGUGAUUGGCGAGCAACGGGAAAUUUAUUGGCUCAGUCGUGGAUGGACAAUAAGGCUUUCUAUUAUUUGUCCACCAUUCAUGAACCUGAUUAUGACGUAGGUCAUUCCGGAAAAACAAUUACAAAAAGAAGGAGGGAUCAUACAAUAUAUGGCACUGUUGAAACACCAUGCCCCCCUCUAGUGAGGGAAUACAAUAUGCAAACCGGACAUCUGUGUGUAUCAAAUCAAGUAAGAAAAUAUGGCAACAUAGCGAGACGAUCUAAGGUUUGGUAUAGAAAAGUCUUUUCAUAUUUGAUCGAAGUGGCUAUUAAUAAUGCUAGGGUAGUCUAUGAAAAAGUGACAGGGGAGAGCUAUUAUGACUUAGAAUUUAGGGAAAAACUUAUGACUGCUCUGAUUGGGAACCAUAGAGCUCCUCGAAACACCCCAACUACAGUUUCUAUAUCUCUUGCCAGGCUCCAAGAUGCUGGCAUUCAUCACCCAGUGUCCACAGUAGAACUACGAGUAUGUUCAGUGUGUUCCAAAAUAGAUCAGUUGGCUCCUGUAAAUAGAAAAUCAACUACUGUUCCACGAACAACUGUGCGGUGUAGCGAAUGCAAUGUUCAUCUGUGUGUGCGCAACGGCAGAACUUGCUUCCGGGAUUGGCACACCAAGGUUGAAUAUUGGAAAGCAAAUUGAGUUUUAUAUUCACAUUUGAAUGUAAUUUUUAUCAAACACCAUCGAUUUAUUUGCAGCUCGUUUUACAUAUGUUAGAGUUAGGCUACCUCGUAGGGUUUUAUCAUUUUAAUAUUUGCGAUAUAUUGGAAAAUGUAAUGUAAAAUUGGCGAACUGAACUAAAUUACCAACUAAUCAAAACCUGUGAAGAAUUACAUAUAGAUAAGUAUUUAGUGAACAUGUAUAUAACAAGUUGUCCUACCAUAAGUCAAACACUUUUAAGUUAUUUCUCAUUGAGAUGUACUCAAACUUCAUAAAUCAUAUCCUGGGGAUUAAACUAACAUUUACUAACUACUGUACACAUUUCUUUGUGCUACUUUUUUAUGUAUUUGUACUCAAUUUUUUAAUAUUAUUCAUGUGUUUUGUGCCAAGCUUAAUACUGCUGUUCAUCGUGUCUAUUCAUAAAUACUUGUAUGUGCGUUGCUUUUUGUGAACGAGAACUAACGUACAUAAAAUCUUUACUCUUGGAGUAUUCCAGUCAUUUCCUGGUUUGUUUCAUUGAGUGAUCUUCUCGCCCAGCACUCUUUAUCGAUUUGUGUAUUAUAAAAGAGUAGGCACUAGCAGCCACUUUGACGCUCAUUCUGAUUUGUUGUAGCCUACCUGUUCUACCUCUCCUAUUUCCACGCACUUUCUCUUUGUGGCAUAGUCAUAUGUAAAAUUCUGCCGUAUUAUUUCAUUAUCCUACUCUUACAGUUUGGCAAAUCGUGGGUUUGUUUUAAUAUUCAUUCCGUGAAUUAUUUCCGUUUUCUGUAUGUUGAAACUCUUCUCGAUUUCAUCGCGAUAUCAGUACGCUAUUGCCUGCAUGCAGAAUCGAUGAAACUACAGAAGUAAUUUAACUCCAUUGUAGGAGACAACGAAAGCUAUAUCGAGGUCGGAUACGUUGCAAGGUGCCCAAUGCCAGUGGUUCCCAAAGGGUGCGCCGUGGCGAUUUGCUGAAUGCUCUAAAAUAAUAGAAUAGUGUUAAACAUAAGUAACAUAUAAUUUAAUAUUUUUCAUAUGGUAUUUAUUAAAAAUGUGUUAUGGUUUCUUUUUUUUAAACGCUGUGUAUAUGAAUCAAUAAAUCCGUAUCUUUCCAUGUCGUUUUCUGAUAAGUAGUGUCUUCCUCUGUUGUUACGUAAUUGCUGCGUAACAAUGGGUAGACAUUACUUGCUGCAAUUUUGCGAGUUGUAGUUUUUUAUCGUCUGCACCGAGUUUACCAAUCAUAAGUGAUUUUUUCAGUAUUUCAAAUUAAAAUCAAACAGGAUGAGGAAGAAUAGUUGCCCUUUUGGAUUUAUUCCUUAUGCCUACAUGUUCAUGAACUUUUUUAAAGGUAUAAAAGUAAAGAAUAACGAUCAAAAAUUUGAGAUUUAUUCAGAGGCGGCAAUUUCUUUUGUGUAAGUGGGUCGUAAGUGAGUUUUUUCCCUGGUAAUUUGGCGCCGCACGAACAAACAGUAGUUUGGGAACCGCUGCCUUAGCGAUAAUCUUUUUUGUGGGCAAAAUUGCCAUGCCGGUAAUGUUUUUUUCAAGUAAUAUACUUUCUUCGCUGUUUAUAUGUCGUAUAAUAAUAAUCAGAUAUGGUACUUAAAUAACAAGGUGUGUUAUUGCCUUGCAGCGCCAUCUUCGGGCGAUGCUGUUCCCGCGUAAAAACGUCUUGCGCUGUGCAACUUUGUAGCCUUUUACCCUACGUUGACAAGUAGACCGACGAAUGGUCAUUUCACGGUUAUCUCGUCUAUUCGGUACAAAUAUUUUGUGAUCUUUCUUGUUUUUAUUUUAUUAUGCUUUACCGGAAUGACUAAUAAAAAAACGAUUUGAUUGAUAUGGAUGAAGGAAACACCUUUGCCGUCGACGACGUUUAUGGUAGCGCUUCAUGUAACCGCACCUAUACAGCAAAUGGCGGACACUUUAACCAUACAACGAUUUUAGCGGGCUGUUGUCGCUAUGCCACUUUAAUCAAACGGCGACUAUCAACGUUUUAUUCAUUUAAUAAAUCAACAAGGCAUGAAAAUGACCCACUAAGGCGUGAAACUGAGAAAUUAUAUUUAAACUAAACCUUCUUGGCCAUAUUACAUGGGCAUAUUUAACCCAAUUAUCUUCGCCCGUAAAAAACAAGUUUUUGUGGUAUUAAUUUCCUGUGAGCCUGAACUUGUUUCCGUUUUAUAUUGGUAUUCUUAUAAAAUCAAACUAUGUGCCAAGUUUUAAUAAAAUUAUUACCAAAACAACCUA